GCAUGUCCCAGUUAUCUGCUGCUAUAUAAAUACGCGAAGCAGAAUGAUGCGAACAACUUCAGACGUCCUUAGCCCUGAGGAUACAUAGGCAUUUGUCAUCAUCACCUGCUGGCCCUUGAAGAGUCAGAGAAGAUGUUAAUGAUGAUGAUGAUGAAGAUGAAGAAGGGGUCCAAGUCGCUGGCUGUGGUGGCUUUUUUUCUGGCGUCAGCCAACUGUAUGCUGCCUCCCACCAGCGAACACCUCAAGCAGAUCUCAAAGGAGGGAGAGAAGUACCUGAAUGUGCAGAUUGAGAAUGCCAUCGGUGGAGUCAAAGAGAUGAAGAAUAUGAUGCAGAAAUCUUCAGAAGACCACAAGAAGGUUUUGGAAGAGCUGGAAAAAACCAAACAGAAGAAAGAGGAGGCCAUGCUGGCCGCUCAAGAGGUGGAGGCCAAGCUGGAGGAGCAGGAGGAAAUUUGUAACGAGACCAUGAGAGCCCUGUGGGAGGAAUGUAAGCCAUGUCUGAAGAAAACCUGCGUCAAGUACUACUCCCGCACCUGCAGCAGUGGAUCUGGGAUGGUGGGCCGCCAGUUAGAGGACCUGCUGAAUCGAACGUCUCCCUUCUCCAUUUGGAUCAAUGGGGAGAGGAUUGACACCCUGGAGCAGGAAGGACAACGCCAGAACAAAGAGUUCAGGGAGUUGGAGGACAAAUACGCCGAGAUGGCGGACGGAGUGGACGGAAUCUUUUCUGACAGUAUGAAGGUGGCUGAUCACGUGCACUACAACCCACCGAUAUUCGCUCUGCCCAAUUUCUUCCCGUCUCGCUGGCGUAGAAGCAUUCACUCGCUAUUCCACGAGCCUUUCCCCAACUUCCGGGGUUUGUUCUCCAACAUGAUGGGCGUCGGCAGGAACCCCUUCGGCUCCUUUGGUUCCUUCGGCUCCAUGAUGGACUUUGAUACAGACGCCCCCACAAAUGAGGAUGGCAGCGUGAAUGAGGACGUGGUCAUCACAAAACCUUACGGAGACGGCAGCAUGACGUGCAGGGAGAUUCGUCGCAACUCGGCCGGCUGCCUCAAAUUCCGCGAUGAGUGUCAGAAGUGCAAAGAGAUUGAAAAUAUUGAUUGUUCCGGAAAGAAACCCCUAGAAGGUCCCCUGAAGGAGGAGCUGGAAAGAGCUCUGGCCAUAGCCGAGCGCUUCACCAAGCACUACAACGCUCUCCUCAAGCGUUUCGAGGAGCACAUGUUCAACACGUCCGCCGUCAUGGACCUGUUCAACAGGCAGUUUGGAUGGGUGUCGUCUCUGGCGAACAACACCAACUCCAAGGAUGACUUCUUCAAAGUAGAGACGGUGGUCACCAAGGACCCGGUGGAGAGGCCCGGUGAUGACGCCGAGCACCCAGACACCAAGGUGUCCGUCAAACUCUUCAAAUCACCACCCAUGAACUUGAACGUACCGGGUGACAUCCCUUGGAAUCACCCCAAGUUCCCUGAGGUGGUGGCCCAAGAGGCUUUGGACCGCUACAAGGAUAUCACUAUUAUCGCCAAAUAGAGGAUUUGUGCACAUUCUGCUGGAUCCAAACACACCUGAAGCGACUGACCGUUUCCACCGCAAGUCCACUUAAGCCCUGCUUCUGCAAAGCGAGUUUAACCCUUCGUAGGUGUAUUUAGAUCUGCUUGUCCUGCUGAAAGAGAACAAUUUAGUAGAUAAGUCUCUAGAAAGGCCCUUUCUGUGCGUGUUUGAGCCGACAACCCUAAUCCUCCUGCCCUGCUUUCAAGAGUUGAUCCUACUGUUUGUUCUCAUAACUUCUCUUAACACCUGCAGAUUGAACUGAUCCUUCACUACAACUCAGUACAGUACAAAGACAUCAAAGAUUUAAAAGCAAUUCUUUCAUAGUUAUGGUCUGAGUUUGCUCUUAUUGAUCCAUCAGUCCCCUUUAUGGAUCACUUUGAGUCCCUCUAAGAUAAACCUUAGCAAUAAUAAAGCAAUGUGUAGAGAAUAAUAAAACCUUCUCAAAGCCA